GUAUUGCCACGCCAUAUUGGUUUUUGUUUCGCCCUACAAGUCGUGGAUGGUUUGGGCGCCGCACCAGUUCGUUGUUCAUGGAAAAUUGACGCCUUUUCCGUGAAAUAAAUAGGUCAAUAAGAUAGAUCUUGUUUGUUACACUGUUGCAAUCUAGUCAAGUGGUUGGUUUUUCUCGGAUAGUUACCCGUUUAGGAACCGCGCGGAGUUUGUUCGCGGAUGUUCGUCGGUUAUCUCGGUGUUGCGCGGUUUUGAUAGUAGAUCUUGGAGUUUUUCCUUACGAGCUUUUUUCUUUUCCUUCGCGAAGCAAAUGUGAUUCGUUUUUUUCUUUUUGUUUCCACCAUCAUCAACAUCAGCAGUAGAAGCAGUAGCAGCAUUAGCAGUGAGGUAAGCUGUAACAAGAGUUUUUCCUCAAUGGGAGAAAUUUUCUCGCACUUCACUGACUGAAGAAUCGCUUGCCGUAGCUGGAAAAUUACCAUCGAAGAAUGCUGUUUGCCGAAGAAACAAGUGUUUUAUCAUGAAGGAAGUAAGAUUUUAUUUGAAUGUGAUGUGAAUAAGCGUGGAAGUGUUCAUCGAAAUGUGCGGCUGAGGAAAAGCUAUAAAGGUUGGGCCAUUGAAUCAAAGUUUGAUCUGUUUUUGUCCUCUCCCGUUUCCGUCGAUUUUCCUAAUGGUGGAUUGGGAUUGCAUACAGGUUGAAAGUGGUCGCCAGCAGGCACUAGGUAAAAGUGUGUAUAAUGAGGAAAACCAAGUGAAACAUACAUAAAUCGGGAAAGAAGAAAAGGUGUAAUGCCAAUCUGUGUAAUGUGUUCUUAAGAGUAGAAAUUCCGGAAUAGCAUCAGUAGGAAUACAAGAUAACGAUUUUCCACUUUUCUCCAACAAUCGGGAGUCGAUCUAGGCUGCUAUCAAUAGAGAUUGUGGAGUGCCGUCCUCGAUCAUCAACCAUCACAUCAUCAUCAUCAUCAUUAUCAUCAUGGCAAAAACCAACAGCAUCAUCAACAGGCACAGUUAAACCGAACAGGAAAAGGAAAAAGAAGAAACCCCACGCGAAAUAUCGCCAUCAUCAUCGUCAUCACUGUCAUCUGGCCCUUAUCAGAGAGCUCUACAGCGGACAGCAGGCAGUAGUAGCAGCCAGUAGCAACAGCAACAGCAGCAAAAACCACAACAACAAAAUCUAUAACACCACAAAACUUCGAAGAGCAAAAGGAAAAUGAGCACGUGCGAGAGCGAAAGAGAACGGCCUAGCCAAUAAGCACAAUUAUUAUCAACGAGAACGAUUCAAGGAGCAACAGAGACAGCGAGACAUAGAGAUUUUAUCCGCGCGCACACACAAACACACCUUGUGUCACGACGAUUCUGCUCACUCACGGGCAGUCAGUAGUACACAGCUGAUUUGCGAGUGACUAAAAGGUACCUGAAAAGCGCGCCACAGCAAUAAUAGUUACAUUUAGCAACCGAACAUCAACGGCACUACUGAUAAACGGCUCGUGAACAAACCUAGGCUAGGCACUUGCGGCGGGAUACCGGGCGAUGGCGUUUGCGGUUACGAGGGCGACCGGUGUCAGCCCUUACAGUUCGGUAGUGAUACACUCGUAGAGCCAGAAGUUGUUUUAAGCGCGAAACAACUUCUACCGCUACCCUUCAAAUUGGAAUGUCCUGCAGUGUAGACGGGCUGCCGGCGGGGUGUCGACUCCGUGGCAUGGGCUCGACUGUUCAAAGUGGUCCACUUAAUUCGGCUUUGAGUGGAACGCAGGAAACAACCUCCAAUGUUGUGCCACUACAACGACCACCUUCGCAGAAGCCGUGCUGCUUCUGCUGGUGCUGCUGCUGUUCUUGUUCAUGGGCUAAAUGCUUGGCUAUAAAAAAUGCAGAAGACAACGGGCCUACGAAAAAAGACCCAGCUAGUUCCGAUACGCUUUUCGAUGGUGAACAACCGAGCCUAGAGGAGAUCCGCAGCUGGGGCAAGAGCUUCGACAAGCUGAUGAGGAGUCCUAGCGGGCGAAAGGCAUUCCGAGACUUCCUCCGCUGCGAAUAUAGCGAGGAAAACAUCCUCUUCUGGCUGGCCUGUGAAGAGCUCAAGAAGGAAACCAACCCCGAGGCGAUAGAGGAGAAAGCUAGGUUUAUCUACGAAGAUUAUAUAUCGAUUUUAUCACCGAAAGAGGUGUCGUUAGAUUCUCGAGUACGGGAAAUAGUUAAUAGGAAUAUGGUGGAACCCACACCGCACACAUUUGACGAAGCUCAACUACAAAUUUAUACACUUAUGCAUAGAGAUUCGUAUCCGAGAUUUAUAAACUCACCACAAUUCAAAACCCUGGCACAAAUACCCGAUGGAGUAUCGGCGUCUGGUUCCACGGCGGAGAGUCCUAGUAAUUAAGGUGCGACGGAGAAAAAUGGAGGACGGCCGAAGGAGCAGGAGUCGAGGGCAGCGAACAACGGGCAGAAAGGUAAUUUAUUUAAAUCUAACGUUACACGGUAAUCUACGAUCAUUUAUCGACGGCAUAGAAUGAGAGACACGAUGCAGAAACAAGGUCAAAAAAAGAAAUCGGAAAUGAAAUCAACAUAUUAACAAGCAUUAAUCGAAGUUUUAAACAAUAAACAGAGCCACGAGACAGGGCUUGAAGGCGAACAAGAGAAAUAUGCGACCCAAACAGAAAACUAUGAUUAGCUAUUUAAAGUAAAGAGGGCAGAUGAAAAUCGUUGAAGAAAAAAAAACAACAAAAAAGGCAAAUAAAAUAAAAUUUUAUAUAAACAUUAUACAACAUGACGAAAAUGGAUCGAAAUAGUGUUCCCUCCGAGAGAGGUUUGGGGCCGUUAGGAGGGAGAGUUACAGAUAUGAUACACGUAAUUCACUGAUCAUUUUAGCGUUAUUGUAUAUUAUAGAUGGACGUUGAUAAAACAAUUGAAAAUACACAUAAUAAACUGAAAUGAAAUAACCCCAAGCAGAAAGCAGAGAGCAUAAACGAUGUAAUCAAUAGCCAAAAAAGAAAACAAAUUAUAUAUAUACACAUAAAUAACAAGAAACGUUAAAAACUACAGUGGCAGGAUUUCAGUUUUAUACUACGGAACAAACGACAAUGAAGCAGAAAGAAAUUAUUUCUUCUUAUAUUUCCACUAUUUACCUUGGAGGUUUGUUCUUUUUAUUCCUGGUUAUAAAUAGAUUCAAAUUUUAGACUAAUAAAAAACUUAUCACACGAACAAGGAAGCACAUCAAACCAAUAUAGAACCCACUCUCUCAAGUCACGCGCACCCACAGAUUUAGGAGUCCAUUAUUUUCACCCACACGAAAUCGCCCGAAUAAAAAAAAACAUUAUCAAACGUGAUCAAACGUUAAAUGGAACACUUUAUGUGAAACGAGCAGCACAAAUUUAAACCUAAGACCUUAACGAACGAAAGAUGAGAAGUUUAACUUUAUCUAUCGGAAUCCCUAGCAGAAACAAAUACAAAUAGUGAGAGGCGAAGAAUCGCUUAAACGUUCUUUGUUCAGUCGUAACCUCUAAGUAUUACCGACGUUUUUUCCGCCCCAAAACAUUCAAGCUUGGUACCGACCACACGUGCUUAGGGUCCGCCGCUCUAUUUACCGACUGUUGAAGUUUUCUAUUUUUGAUACAAUCACUUUGAAUUGUUAGCCUCGUUUUGCUUUAAUCCUAGCGCGUCUGUUGAUUAGCUCAAUACCUUAAAUCAAUCUAUACAUAGUUUUGUGUUACAUUUACAUGAAGGCCUAUUCGAUUUUAUGAGAAGAUGCAUUGCGCUCUGUUGUUGAUAAUAGAAGAAAAAAAAAAACGAAAGAAACAACAUCAAACAGUGAGGUAAUCUAGUCAAAAAAAUGAAAAUAUUAAAAUUAUGAAACAAAAUGUGUAUUGUUUUAGGAUAACCGAUUAGCAGACAUCGUCCUUAACAAAAA